AUCUGGAAGAAGAAUUUUGAAAGGAGUGAGUGGUAAAUUCAAAGCUGGUCAGCUAUCUGCCAUACUUGGACCAGGCGCCGGAAAAAGUUCUCUACUCAAUGCAAUAUCUGGUUACAGAUCGCAGGGCGUGAGUGGCCGUUUGAGACUGAAUGGAGUGGCAAGAGAUGAAGCCAGGUUCAGGAAGAUGUCGUGCUAUAUCCAGCAGGAGGACCUUUUGCAGCCAAUGCUCACUCUCCAGGAAGUCAUGAACUUUGCAGCCUUACUCAAACUUCCGCCAGGAACUGGAUACAAGCAGAGGAGAGUUGUGGUGAAUGAUAUUCAAGGAAUUCUGGGCUUGACUGAAUGUAGACAUACAAGAACUGAGGCGCUGUCUGGUGGCCAGAAAAAGAGACUAUCUAUAGCCCUAGAGCUGAUCAACAACCCUCCAGUCUUAUUUCUAGACGAGCCUACGAGUGGCUUGGAAGUGUCGACGUCGUACACUCUGCGUCUGCUGCGAACCCUGGCCCACCAGGGCAGAACGAUAGUGUGCACCAUACAUCAGCCAAGUGCCAGCCUCCAGAUGUUCGACCACGUGUAUGUGCUGGCCUCGGGGCUCUGUGUGUACCAGGGCGUAACCGGCGAGCUCGUCCCCUUCCUAUCCUCGGUCGGUCUACACUGUCCCAGGCAUUACAACCCGGCUGACUUCGUAAUUGAAAUGACCGACGGAGAUGACGAGGAUAAUAUCAAAAAUUAUCUUCAGCGAUAAAAAAUGGAAAAGUUGUCCAACUG